AUGCACGAGGUAUUGUCUAUUAGUAGUAGGUAUUCACAAAAUCAACUUUAUGAAGUAGUUUCGAAAAUUGAUGAAUAUUCUCUUUUUGUUCCAUUUUGUACCAGUUCAGAAAUACUAAACAUACAAUCUGCUGAUCAUAAAACAACAAUAAUUACCGCUGCUUUAGGUGUUGGUUUUCAAGGCUUCUCGGAAAUUUAUGUCUCUGAAGUCACUUGUGAGUCUCCAAGAUUUGUGCAGGCGGUUGCAUCAUCAGAUGUGCUUUUUCGUCAUUUAGUAGCUAUUUGGAAUUUCACUCCAUAUAUCAAUAAUGACGAUAAUGUGGGAGAGGAGGAAACAACACAUUGUAUACUAGAUUUUCGAGUUGAAUUUGAAUUCUCUUCACCAUUACACCUUCAAAUUGCUAAUAUUUUUUCAGACCAAGUUAACGAGAUGAUGAUUACUGCUUUUGAACAACGCUGUAACCAGUUAUAUGGACCUCCUGCUUCUUGA